GGUUUUGAGGGUUGGCUAGAGACUGCGAGGUCCCCACCCAGAGACCACCGCACCCCACAGCCUUGGGGCGUCUGGGUCUUGCCUUUCCUCGGACGCAGCUCACGAGCUAGCGUGACCCGCGUUCCCUGUAGUCUGUCUGGGUCUAAGCAGGUGUUCUAGUUCUGAAGGUGGCAGGGCUCAGAAUGAGAAAAUGAGAGACCUGUGCAAACAGAGGAUGAUUGGACACUGAGCCACGGCGUUUGUGCUCAUCAGGAAUCAGCUGUGUAAGUGGCACAGGCGCAUGGACUGUGAGUGGGAAGGGAGUCCUCAGAGAGCAGACUCGAGGGCCUUGCAGGACCCAGAAGGCCUCCCAGAGGCCGGAGACGAAAAUGGACUCUCUGAGAGCUUCCAGCUUCUGCAGAUGGAUGUGGAAUACGACCCCCAAGAAAAGAGCCGCCCUGCAAACAGUGCCGUGUGGAGCUCGAAAAAUGUGCAAAGAAAGCAGAGACACUGGGAAAGGAUAGUCUCCUCAAAGAAGAGCAAACGGAAGCAGGAAAGAGAGCGAAGGAAAGCCAAGCGUGCAGAAGACCCGGGUAACGGCACCUGCCCACAGCACAGCAAACGUUUUUUGAAAGCCUUAACCAAAGAGAAACUUUUGGAAGCCAAACACUCAGGACCAAGACUGUGUGUUGACUUGAGCAUGACCCAGCACAUGUCCAAGAAGGAACUGAGUAGGUUGGCCGGACAGAUCCGAAGGCUCUAUGGUUCAAACAAAAAAGCCAGCAGGCCCUUUUGGAUUUACCUUACUGGAUUCUCAACUGACAGCCCCCUCUAUGAGGAAUGCCUGAGGAUGAAUGAUGGAUUUUCUGCUUACGUGCUCGAUGUGACAGAAGAAGACUGUUUUAGCCUAUUUCCCCUGGAAACCCUUGUGUACCUGACUCCUGACUCUGAACACCCUCUUGAAGACAUUGAUCUGAGCACAGUUUACAUUAUUGGUGGACUUGUAGAUGAGAGCAUUCAGAAGAAGGUGACAUUUCAAAAAGCCCGAGAAUACUCUGUCAAGACAGCCCGGUUGCCAAUCCAGGAACACAUGAUCAGGUGCCAGAAUGAGAAAAACUUCCAUUCCAAAAUCCUGGCCAUCAACCAAGUGUUCGAUAUCCUGUCUGCUUACUUGGAAACUCGUGACUGGCCUGAAGCAUUGAAGAAAGGGGUUUCUCCAGGAAAAGGCUACAUUCUUCGGAAUUCAGUGGAAUGAUGGGCAGCCUGAGAUUCCGGCUACAGGGGGUGAGGCGCUGGGGUGUCUUGACCAAAGGAUGCGGCAAAAGGUGGCAGUGGCACACACUUGCCUCCACAUGCUGUCUUGGAUCUUUGAAAGCCAUCAGAGGCAAGGACCACAUUUUACACUGUUUUACACAAAGCCUGGCUCACUGGAAGUGUCCUGAUAAAACAUUAUGGUUCAAAAAUGUUUGUGUUAAGGAAUCACUAAAAUAUGUCAUUCUGGGUGUUAACUCAUGCUUUGUACAUCCUGUUUUUAUAAAAGGUCUACUUUUAGAGAUGUUUAAA